UCUGCUUCCGCCAGCCAACUCAUCUUGGAGCAGUGCUCCGAGGCUAUAGCUACAAUGAUAUUUAUACUUCUUUUAAUUUAUUGUACGUCCUUAGGUACCGCUUUUGAGAUGAAGUCUAUUUUUUGUUCAAUAUCUGAUAGCUGCGACUGUGACUUCAAACCAGACAAAAAAGGUUUAGAGUGGGACCUUUAUAAAAACCUUUAUGGUCAACAUAUGGCCCAGGAUAUUGUCUCGGAAGCAGUGGUGAAUUUUUUACAGAAUGAGAACCCAGACAGACCACUAGUGCUGUCUUUCCAUGGAGCAUCUGGGACUGGAAAAAGUCUGGUCAGCUCUAUGAUAGGACGACACAUCUACGGAACAGCUAUGGGCAGUCCAUACAUCCAUCAGUUUAUUCCCACCUUACACUUUCCUUUGGCUGACAGGGUGCAACAGUACAGGUCAGAUCUAAAACACUGGGUUGAGAGAAACCUCACAGCUUGUGCUCGCUCAAUCUUCAUCUUCGAUGAGAUGGAGAAAAUGCCUCCUGGUGUGAUCGAUGCUUUAGAACCACAUUUAGGCCCCUUUCAUGUUCUAUUCCAGACAAACUACCGUAAAGCGAUUUAUAUAUUUAUCAGUACUGUAGGUCAGGAGGUAAUUAACAAAGUUGCGCUGGAGAGCCGUCAGGCAGGUAGAGAUCGAGAGGACAUUCUCCCGAAAGAGCUGGAGGACAGUAUUGCUAAUGCGGUGUACAACAAAAAGAACAGUGGGUUCUACCACUCCAGAAUAAUUACAGAAAAGCUUAUCACUCGUUUUGUGCCUUUCCUCCCCUUGCUGCGGCGCCACGUGGAGCGCUGUGCCCAGCGGGAGCUCUGCCAGCGUGGGGAGUGUCAGCGGGCAGAUGUGGCAUCAUCGGUAGGGGGCGCCAUGACUUACACACCAAAUGACAGCCAAUACUUCUCCAGCACUGGCUGCAAAUUAGUCCCGGCUAAAGUUAACCUUUUCCUUUGAGGGUUAAAGUGAAAUCCCUUAAGGAUCUUGACAGCAACUCCGAGCACAGAGCCCUUUGGAUGAUGGAGCUACAGAGUAAAGUCACCUGCAUUUGGGGACAUUCUCUUAUUUGUAUGUUUCAUCCAUAUGGAUGAGUUCUGAUGAAGAGAGAGUAGAAUUCGAUAAAUAACUCUGGUUAGAUCUGGUUUUGCCGUUUUUAAUCAAGCAUGGAUUAAGCCUGUUGCUAGUUAAUAAAAGGACAGAUUCAGAGAGCCGGCCUCAGUUCUCUAGGCCACUGAAACAACCUACAACACACUCAGUUUCAGAGUGCAGUUAACUACAAAUCAAGUGCUCUCAGAACUUCAAAGAUUGUUUAUUUCAUCGUGGGAUAUUCAUUUAACAAUGGAACUAAGUGCUGUACUUAUGCCGACCACAGGGUGGCAGCAGUGCCUACUUGAUACUUGAAGCAAGGUUUUUUUUUUUGU